AUGCGCACCCUUCUUGAUGGUGUAAGUUCGCAAAGAUGUACCAAUUCGGAGUACGACCUAGAUAGAACAGUAUCAGCCUGCCAACCUCCCCUUGGAGCGCCUCAAGCUGCUGCUCCUUUCAAUCGUGCAGUAAGUGGUCAGUUCGGCCAACACCAGCAAACAGCCUACAUCCCGCAGAAUCACAGAACAGAACAGAAUUCACGUUCUCUCGAGCCAAUCAGUGUUGGUAUCGAGCACUCGAACUCGAUUGCCGAGCCAACGUCAUUGCAACACGAUCAAAAGUUCACUCCUUAUCCAGGCUAUAUACCUCCUCCUCCUCCUCCCCCUUCAAUGUCCGGUCUUCCCACACUGCAAGGAGAGGCCACACCAAAUCCCUUUAGCGCUAGCCCAAUUGGCAUGCCGUCAUUGGAUUUCGUCGGCAACUCGGUUAUUUCUUCUUCACAGGAUCAAGUUCCAAUAUGUCCGGUUGAACUGCGAUUCAUUUCUGAUUUUAUCGCUUGCAUCCAGUCGCAACCUUUUGUGCAGAGUAAUGAGGUUUCGUUGACCUGCGACUUUGAGGAUGGCUCGUUCUGCAGAUUUCAACCUACGUCCUCACUGUUCCGAAUCGGUAAGCUACCCUUGCCCUCCCAUUACGCCACUCUUGCCGAGCUCUCUGGCAGAACAGUCGUACAUCAACCUCGAAGAAAUUUCGCUUUCAUCCUUGCCCAACAGCCAUUAAAAGAAGAGGAACUGGUCAUUACUGCACCUAUCACGUGCCAGCGUGACGCUGGAUUUCUUAGAUUCAACUACUGGCUAAUUGGAGAUCAAUCGGCUACGGUUAAAGUUUGCACUCAAGACAUCCAGGCCAGAUCUUGUACCAAGUCCAUAGUUUAUACGGAGACGUCGUUGGUGGCAGUGGAGGUCGUACAUCCACAAGCAGAAAUGUUUGACGUUGAAAUUAUCAUCACGAAUGUAACUCAACCAACACUCUUCAUACUCGACGACAUUGAGUACAAGGCUAACUUGUGUGAAGAUUCUCAACCUAGUGUGAGUUUUUAA